AUGCGGCCGCUCACAGAGCAAGAGACCAAGGUCCUCUUCACCAAGCUAGCCAACUACACCGGCAACUCUCUCAAGAACCUCAUUGCGCCCCUCUCAGACGGAGACCGCUUCUGUUUCCGUCUGAACAAGGACCGAGUCUACUACGUCCGCCUAUCCAUCGCCAACCUCGCUACGUCGAUAGCUCGUGACAAGCUUCUCUCAUUGGGAACCUGUAUUGGCAAAUUCACCAAGACCGGCAAGUUCCGCCUUCACAUCACCGCCCUCGAAAUCCUCUCCGAGCACGCCCGGUGGAAAGUCUGGGUCCGACCCAAUGGCGAGAUGCCCUUCCUCUACGGCGGUAACAUUGUCAAGGCCCACGUAGGCAGAUGGUCGGACGACUGCCCCGAGCACCAGGGCGUGGUGGUGUACAACAUGAACGACACGCCGCUGGGCUUUGGCAUCACGGCGAGAAGUACCGCUGAGGCUCGGCGGUUGGACCCGACGGGUAUCACAUGUUUCAGGCAGGCGGAUUGCGGGGAGUAUCUGCGUGAUGAGGAUAACUUAUUUGCUACGACUUAA